GAAUAAGGUCCCCCUCCCAACGUGCAUGCGCGUGAAUUUGAAGAGAAUACGCCAUAUUGAAUCUCAAUAGAAAUCAGCUAGUGUUUUCCCCCUAUCUAGCGGCGUAGUGGGGGGCUACUUUCCCCAUGGUCCUAACUCGGUUUCAGGCUUAAUUUUCGUGUUUCGGCGGAGGGGGCAUCUCUCAGGUUGAGGGGGCUCGGCGCGCGGCAUCACGACGGACUCGUUGGCGUUGUACCCAACACGGGGGAGGGGGGGGGGGUCACCGGAGAACCAAGUUGAAUGGAUCCGAGGGUAGCUUGGAUUCAGCCCGAACAGAAAGGACCGGCGAACGCUUUAUGGAUGCACGUCUGGGAAACCUCUCAGGGAGUACGGACGCUCUCCGCGCAGCACGUCCACAACCAAUGUGUCAAUUACGCCGCGCUGGACGUGUUGAAAAAUGCCGUGCUAUCGAGCAAGAGCCUGGGCAGCAGCCAUCGCAGCAGGAUCGUGUACGGCGGCGGCGGCUCGACUUGUGUGAACGACGCCGCGAUAUCCUCGCUGGGCAUGGCGCUGUCCAACUUUUUCAGCCCGGCCUCCGACGCGGCCGAAGGCAGGGCAAUCAGCCCCAAGGCCGGCUGCUCGUCGCUGGAAUCCCGGAAGGCGGACAGUCCCCCCUCCGGCUGCCCGUCGGAGAGACCCGCGGCUGGGAAUAAAAACGUCGGCCUGCUGUUCGCCCUGGGUGACAACACGGACAACAAUCGGCUCCACCAACACCUCCUCCAUCCCAACCGCCACACGUUCAAUUUGCAGCAGUUGUGCGUGAAAAGUCACCAGCUGGCCCCUUCCGUACCCGUCAACCACUCGCAUCACACCGUGCGCCACCCCGCCAGGAGGAAAAGUGACAAUAAGGCCAGCACUUACGGGGUCAAUUACUUGCUUUCCAACUGCACUAACGGCAACGACGCAAGCACUUGGACGCCCUGGAAAACGAGAAACUACAACCCGGGAGUCCUCGGACUCCACGAAGAGGUCAUGGACUUCUACAACUUCAUGUCUCCGCGUCCAGAGGAGGCUGCAAUGAGGAAAGAGGUGGUCAACCGGAUAGAGAGAAUCAUCAAGGAGUUGUGGCCCACUGCAGAUGUCCAAAUAUUUGGCAGCUUCAGCACAGGACUGUACCUUCCAACAAGCGACAUUGACCUGGUGGUGUUUGGAAAGUGGGAGCGCCCUCCGCUGCAGGAGUUGGAACAGGCCCUUCGCAAGCACAACGUCGCCGAGCCUUUCUCCAUCAAAGUGCUGGACAAAGCUACUGUGCCAAUCAUAAAGCUGACAGACCAGGAGACUGAGGUGAAAGUGGACAUCAGCUUCAACGUGGAGACUGGCGUCAAGGCGGCGUGCUUCAUUAAAGAUUAUGUUCAGAAGUAUCCAGUGCUGCCUUACCUGAUCUUUGUGCUGAAGCAGUUCCUGCUGCAGAGAGAUCUAAAUGAAGUCUUCACAGGCGGAAUAAGCUCCUACUGCCUCAUCCUCAUGGUCAUCAGCUUCUUGCAGCUUCACCCUCGCAUCGAUGCCAGGAACUCCAGCGAGAACUUGGGCGUCUUGCUGAUCGAGUUUUUUGAGUUGUACGGUCGCCAUUUUAACUACUUGAAAACAGGGAUUCGCAUCAAAAACGGAGGUGCAUACAUUGCCAAAGACGACAUGGCCAUGACCAACGGUUACAGGCCGUCCAUGCUCUGCAUCGAGGAUCCACUGCUUCCAGGCAACGAUGUGGGCAGGGGGUCAUACGGUGCCAUGCACGUCAGACAGGUGUUUGACUACGCCUACACUGUCCUCAGCCACGCUGUGUCACCGCUCGCCCGAUCAUAUCCAAAUAAAGACUCGGAAAGCACCUUAGGAAGAAUAAUCAGGUUGACCCAGGAAGUGAUCGACUACAGAGAGUGGAUCAUCAAAAAGUGGGGUGGCAGGGAUCCGACUCGAAUGGAUAAUAGAGUGGCAACUGUCAAGGAGCUGGUGUCAGAUCAGGACCCCAACUGUAUUCUUGACAGCGGUGUCAGCGCAGAGGAGCAGCAGAGGGACUCUGUGUCCCCCCAGAGUGCAGACUCGCCAAUGUCCAUCUCCAGCCCCCAGCAGCACUCGUCUGCCUCCUCCGUCUCCUCGCUCUCUGGAUCAGACAACGACUCGGAUUCAGCACCACCGUGUCCCGUGCCUCCGCCCCCCCUGCCCCCAUACGCAGCAUUCCCGCCGCUGGGCCUCGCAUUUCCACCGGGAUUUAGUUUGGGCACAGCCAAGCCAGGAAUGGCAGCACACCAUCUGCUCUUGCCUCCUGGCUCACAGGCUCGCGCAUCGCUCCCCGGGGGUCUCCCGAUGCACUCCAUAGCUGGCAGACAGGUGUGCAUCGACACCGGUCUCCCCGCCUUCUUCCACAUGCCCCCCCCAGCCCACGGCCCCUCCAGUCCCCAGCCUCCGCCCAGCCCCCACUCCAGCCACGCACAUAAGAACGCCGUCAAGUUCAACAUGAAGGGCUUUCACAACCCCCCGCUCAUCACCAAUCCGCCCGUGGCGACCCGCGGCCACGCUCACACGCACACACAGUACCACCGGAACACUUGGCGGCGCCGAAAGAGGGACAGCCUUCCGGUCAGCCCCAGCAGAUAGAGACCGGGUGUCCCCCUCCCCCACACCCCCACCCCCCUCACGGAGACCAGCAGUUUUCACUCGACCGGGGCGGCCGCUACAUGAAACAGCCUCCAGCUCGGCUUCUGCUUCAGUGUGACCUUUUGUUCACUGCCUUGUAGCCUUCCAGUAUUAUGUUGCGGUCAGUAUUUUUGCUUCCCUCGGUUACGGCUCUUAAAAGAGCUCACGUCUAAUUUUUUUGUUUGUUUGUUUUGUUUUUUACGUGGCACUCGCGGGAGCCGCCAUUGGCCUUUCCAAGUUUCGAGCCUCCCAGCAAAGCUGUCCCAAUGUUCGGAGUUUUCUUCCUUUUUGUUUUGUGCAAUAUUUGUUUUUCAUUUUUGGAACUUAAAUGCUUAUUUAAUUUAGUGUCUAUAUUUGAAAGGCAUUUUUAUACAGUUUGUUUUAUUUUUUUAGCGUUUUACCUUCUGUUUACGGAACCUUUUGGGUUUCUCUGGUGAGAUGGAGCCCAGGUCCUUGACCCCCCCCCCCCCCUUCCCGUUCCCCACUUUUCCAGAGGAGAUCUCUCAAUAAGCCUCACGUUUUGCCCCUCCCCGACAAGGCGAGCCUGACACUCAUUGCGGGAGUUCGUUCAGUUACUCAUCCAGGAGGCAAGUGGCAGGAAAAUUGCACCCUGCCAUCAUAUCUUGGUGAGAGGAUGUAAUUGUCUUGGCGUUUUCAACCUCAAGAUUGUCUACAGUCUCUUUGUGGACUCGGUUGCUGCCAUAUUUCUUCUGUCACUGCCUUUUCUUUUUUUUUUUUUUUUUUUUUUACCACCCUGUUUACUGUCCUUUUCCAAGGUGGGGAUUGUGAAAAUAGGUUAGGAAACAUGGCCGGCACCGAUUUGGGAGAGCGACUUUAGGUGUGCGAAGCUGUAAAUCUGCGUCCAGGCCAUAAGGGGCUUCCCAUUUGAGGUCCGAGACAGAAAAAAAGGGAGGGCCAGGGUGGGAUCCUACUGAACCAAGGACCUAAGUGAAAGGGAAUUAUAUUUUGAUUCCAUUCAGGAAUCUUGUGUAUAUGUGACUGCCAGGUACUUCCGCUAAUUGUUUGCGUUGCCUUUCUUUGCGUUUACUCUGUGUGUGUCUUUGUAUGCACGCUCACAGAGACGACGACGACUGCGGCAAGGCUGUGACUCGCCAUCAAAACUACUAACGCACGCCCGUGUCAUUUCUAUGCAAGUGGGUUACUCCUAUUAUUGCGUCAUGUCUUGUGCAUUUUAGGAUUUUUGGUCGUGACCCUUGUGAGGAUAAGCGACUUGGGAGAAUGGAUAGAUGGUACCCCACCACCCCAGUUACCCCCGAUGAUAACAGACAGUACUCAGUUGGACUGGCCAGGACUUCAUUUAUAUUCUGGUGUUUGUGUAGUUUGAACAACAGCCCCCAUCCUCGUGUGACGCUCCGGUCUUAUUUUUAAAAUAAAAACAAACAAAAAAAAUAUGUAAACACCUUCCCGCCAGUUGUAAGGAAUAGGGGGGAUUUUAUCAUCUGUGUUUGGGGUCCGAGUAUGUGCAGUGUCUGUGUGUGUGACUUAGAAAAUUGCGUGUGGAAGGACGGUUUUGGAAUCAGACAGGAUGCGCCCAGAGAGCGACUUGCCCUCUGCCGGUGCAGCACCACACAAGCUUUUUACAUGACAUUGAUGAUGUUCAAUGCUGUUACACUAUUUCAACUUUUUUUUAAUUUUUUUUUCCUCUAGGGAAGAAAACACCCGGCAGCUUUGACCCGUCGCUCGUAACUGUCUACCUACUCAUCAGUCUUACCCCCCCCAGCUAAUCACCAACACACACAUGCAAAAAUGAUAUUAUCCAAAUUUAAAUUGUCAUGUACUCUACCGCCACAUUUUCUUAUCUUUUCUGAUUGAAUUGGAGCAGCACAUUUUUCUUCCAUUACAGGCCCCGUUCCGAAAUUUUAAAACGGGUCUUAAAAGUCACCUCUGGUUUUAUAAGGGAGGGACAAUAAAAUGAGCGACGGGCAGUUUGUUGGAUUGGGUCAGAGUUGCCAAAUAUCUUCCCGCAGUAACCCAUCUCGUGGAAACAUGUCGUAGUUCUCCUCGCUUCACCUUUCGGCAACGAGAGAGCAACAGCGAUCCGCCAGGGUUCUGCCCUCCAAUGUACAACGAAGGUUCAAUGUAACCUCCCUCUUGUCACAAGUACGAUGAGGGGGUUUUAAAAGUGUGGCUUAUCUUAUCCGGUCAUUUUUGUCCCGGCUGAUUGUUGUGAGCCAGAAAACAAGUCAGCCAGCUUUUUUUGUUUCGGGGCUGUUUUUCUGGACGUUUUUAUGUAUGUUUUUCUAUUUUAUUUUUUAAAUAAACAUUUUGAAACUGCCA